GUUGCAUAAACUAAGAGACACACAUGGCACAUAAGAGAAGCAAAUUUUGCCUUUAGAGGAAAUGUACGAUACACAACCGUCAAAAAUGAAGCAGGUAUCACUUUCUUUCUUCAUCGCAUUUUCGUUGGUUAACAGUUUAACAGCUUUGAAUUUGCAACGCUCGUUAACAGAGCUGCUUAAAGUUGGCAAGGAACUUGAUGUUGAUUUUUGCAAAGAUUUAGGGUAUCAAGAUACAGGAAAAAUAAACUUUUUGAAAGAAAUCAACCAGACGAAAGUUGCCCAGGGUUAUCUAUUCAAGGCAUUUGAAGCGUUAGACAGGACUAGCUGCUCAAAACUAGUUCGACCACUGGCUUGUUCCUUGUUGGCUCCUCCAUUGCUAGAUAGGUUUGGCAGCUUACCUCCGUGCAGAUCGAUGUGCCUUGCCGUUGAGAAAUCGUGUGCAGCAGUUCUGAAGUUUGCUGCAAGUUUAGGAGCAUUGGCUCAAGGUGGAUGUAAAACAACUGUCGAUGGAAGGGACUUCAGAGGCACUGUGAACAAGACAGUUGGAGGCCUUACUUGCCAGCAUUGGAAUGUUCAUAAGCCCCACUCUCAUCGGCAGCUAACUGCAAAAACACAUCCAUGGGAAGGGUUGGAAGAGAACUAUUGCAGAAAUCCAGAUGGGGAGCCAGAUGGGCCGUGGUGCUACACAACAUCAAAGUCGGUCAGAUGGGAGUACUGCGAUGUCCCUACUUGUUUUACGAGCCUUUGGUGCAAGAUGCUGCCGAAUCCCAGCAAGACGAGUGGCUGCCUUAACUUCAAAUUUGAUCCAAAGCUUGAUAAGUAUAAGGUUGUGGUUGAAGGAACUCCGAAUGUAUCUCAGGCAAAAAGUUGGAACCUGCCAUUCAAUUGAGGAGGAAAUUGUUCAUUGGACUUUAUCUUUAUAAACAUGUUUUUACCUUCCUUCUUUUAUUAAGUAAUCACCUUAUUGAAAACUUUUUAUUGAAAUGAAAAAAACCUUUUUCAAUGUUCUGAAAUA